AUGUACAUCCACUUCCUGCUGAUUCAAGAUCAACAUGAGGAAACCAGAAGUAUGAAGAGAGAGGAUCCAGGAGAAACUCAUGCAGUCCAACAGAGAAGUGAUUGUGAAACUUGCUGAAGUGGCUUUCAAACAGCUGAUGAAGGGCAAUGUGAUGUUCUAUGAGGAGGACCUGACUGAGAGCGGCAUAGACGUCACUGACGCCUCAGUGUAUUCUGGGAUUUGCACUGAGAUCUUUAAGGAUGAAUCUGUGAUUCAUCAGAGGAAAGUCUACAGCUUCAUUCAUCUGAGCAUUCAGGAGUUUCUCGCUGCUUUCUAUCUGUUUUACUGCCAUGUAAUAAAAAAUGUUGAUACCCUUAAGUUUUUUGAUUUAAUUUAUAGCAUUAUAAAAAAUACAGUUGAUAAAGCUGUUGAGAGUGAGAAUGGACACCUGGAUCUGUUCCUGCGGUUCCUGCUGGGUGUCUCACUGGAGUCCAAUCAGAGACUCUUACAGGAUCUACUGACACACACAGAGAACAGCUCAGAAAGCAUCAGGAGAGCCACACAGUACAUUAAAGAGAAGAUCAAAGAUGAUCGUUAUCGUCUCUCAGCUGGUCAGUCCAUCAGUCUGUUCCUCUGUCUGCUGGAAGUGAAAGAUCAGACUCUGUUCAGAGAGAUUCGGAGUUUGUGGAAAUCAGACAAACAAUCAGAGAAGAAACUCUCUCCUGGUCACUGCUCAACAAUCUCCUACAUGCUUCAGAUGUCAGAGGAGCCGCUGGAUGAACUGGACCUCAUGAAAUACAAUACAUCAGAUGAGGGGAGAAGAAGACUGAUACCAGCUGUGAUCAACUGCAGAAAAGCCAUUCUUUCUGGCUGUAAUCUCACUGCUCAGUGUUGUGAGAGUUUGUCAUCAGCUCUUCAAUCCUCAAACUGUGUCCUGAGAGAGGUGGAUCUGAGUAAUAAUGACCUGCAGGACUUAGGAGUGAAGCUACUCUCUGAUGGACUGAAGAGUCCUAACUGUCAGCUGGAGAUACUGAGGUUGUCAGGCUGUAUGGUGACAGAGGAAGGCUGUGGUUAUUUGUCUUCAGCUCUGAGUUCAAACCCCUCACACCUGAGAGAGCUGGAUCUAAGCUACAAUCACCCAGGACAAUCAGGAGUCCAGCUGCUCAACCACAAACUGCAGGAUCCAAACUAUAAACUGCAGAUACUCAAGUUGGGUCAUGGAGGAGAAAGGAGAAUCAAACAAGGACUGAAAAAAUAUUACUGUUAUCUCACACUGGAUGAAAAUACAGCAGACUCUCGUCUCGCUCUGUCCGAGGGGAAUCAAAAAGUGAUUCGAGUGAAAGAGCGUCAGUCAUAUCCUGAUCAUCCAGAGAGAUUUGAUUACUAUGGUAACGUUUUAUGUAAAGAGAGUCUGACUGAACGCUGUUACUGGGAAGCAGAAUGGAGUGGAGUGGCUGACAUAGCAGUGGUAUAUAAAGGAAUAAAGCGAAAAGGAAACAGUAAUGAGUGUUUUCUUGGAUACAAUGAAAAAUCAUGGACUGUUUACUGCACAAGUAGCAAUUUCUCUGCAUUACACAAUAAAAAAAGCACUGACAUACCAGCCCCUGCAUCCUCUAACAGAGUAGGAGUGUAUCUGGACGUGUCGGCCGGCACUCUGUCCUUCUACAGUGUCUCUGAUACAAAAAGCACUGACAUACACUUACACACAUUCAACACCACAUUCACUGAACCCCUCUAUGCUGGAUUUGGCUUAUAUCCAGGCUCCUCUGUGUUUUUGCAUUAGAGAUAGAAAUUGAACUGAUUCAGAAGUAGUUACAAGGACAAGUUAGGCCCAGUUGUGACUUCAGACUUGUAACCCGAAGGUCGCGGUUUCAAGUCUCUAUACCGGCAGGAAUUGUAGGUGGGGAGAGUUAACGUACAGUGCUCUCUUCCAUAUUCAACACCCACGACUGAGAUGCCCUUGACCAAAUUUGCUCUGUAAAAAUGGCUUCCCACUGCUCUGGGUGUGUCUUCCCGGGGUGUGUGUGUGUGUGUAUGUGUAUGUGUUUUCACUAUUCAUUGCUGUGUGUGUGCACUUGGAAGGGUCAAAUGCAGAGCACAAAUUACAAAUACCAUACUUGUCUACACGUCACAUCACUUUCAUUUUCAAGUUUCAAAGGUAGUUAACAGCAUAAUACUAAAAGAUUGCAUUGUGACUACGCCUCUGUAACCAAACUUUAUACAAUUAGAACCAAUGGAUUUAGUUCCUAAGGAAAUUUCUGUAUUGUAUUGUACUGUCAUCCUGUACUAUAUCUAUUGUUUUUAUCUUUUUUGUAUUUAAGUAUAAAACUCUGUCCCACAGACAACAAGAUUCUUUGAAGGCCAACGUGCUAACAUCACUGCUGAAGAACUGUGAUACACUACUACCUUCAAUAAAUUAUACUCCUUGCAAGAA